AUGUCCAGCCUCAGGAACAGGACUGCCCACCCAGACUGCAACGCUUGGCAGGACACGCGCAUGCACUGUCUUCGUGUGCGACGAGUCGUCGGACGCAAACACCAGAUGCUCCGUCGAGAGCACCACACCGAACUCCUCGCCACCACAGCCUCAUCAGACAACAGGACCAUGUACUACCAUCCAAAACUCAACAACGACAACAACAACUCUUCAUGGACAACAGAAGCAUCAUCAUCUACACAUUCGGCAGGGCCAGGACCCAUCCCCACACACCGUCGACACAACCUUUCCAGUGAGCGCCGCCCGUUCCCCAGCCAGUCCUCGGAGCCUUACAGCCUGUGCGAGCGCUCAAUGUCACUGUCAGGAGUCGGUGCCUCACCACACGCGGUCGGCCAUAACACCCGUUCAUACCAACCAUCCGACGACGCUCCUCUGCUAAUGCCCCUGCCUCCGUUCGUCCAGCGGAUCGACAUGGCCGGCUCGCCCUUCUCGCCUCUCUCGCCCUACGAUCCAUAUGCGACGACGAUGGACGAGUCGCCCCAUCACCGCAGUAUCCGAUCAGGAAACCCUUUUAGUGGCGCACGAACUCACAGCAGCGGCGGCGGCGGAUCAGGAGGUGGCGGCGGGACCACCACUGCUCCCGCGGACAUGAGCCCAGGAGGCGGUGAUGCUACCGAGGGGGACACGCCAUCGGAUUACACCUUCCGCCGACGCAACGCCAUUGUCGAAGGCUCUGAGGACGCACCCAAGGCAGAUGACUUUCCCAACAACUCUCCCAAAUGA